GGGCGCAGAGGCUCCGCUGCCUCAGAGCCUCCGGGUCCCGCAGCGGCUCCGCCUCGCCGCGAGCCGGCUGCGGGCUGGGACAGGGACACGGACCGCGGCAGGACGGGCCGGGGCAGCCGGUGACAGGCGCAGGAUGUCGGCCACGCUCUACGUGCUCUCCACGCUGGGUGGAUACGUCCUCACCUCCGCUCUCCUCCUCAAGUGCCCGGGGCUGCUCCACCGGCCCAAGCGGCAGCGCUUUCGUUGCCGGCACAUCUCGCACCGCGGCGGUGCUGGGGAGAACCUGGAGAAUACAAUGGCAGCCUUUCACCACGCAGUUAAUUUGGGGACAGACAUGUUGGAGCUGGAUUGUCACCUGACAAAAGAUGAGCAAGUGGUUGUGUCCCAUGAUGAGAACCUGAAGAGAUCAACAGGAGUUGAUGUCAACAUAUCUGACCUCAAAUACUCGGAACUUCCACCCUAUCUCUGCAAGUUGGAUGUCACAUUUCAGAAAGAAUGUCAGUGUGAGGGGAAGGACAAUCGUAUCCCACUCCUGCAAGAGGUGUUUGAGGCAUUUCCAGAAACUCCUGUCAACAUUGACAUCAAAAUGAACAACAACGUAUUGAUCAAAAAGGUCUCAGAGCUGGUGAGUCAGUACAAGAGAGAGCAUCUGACCGUGUGGGGGAAUGUCAAUUAUGAGAUUGUAUCUAAGUGCUUCAAGGAGAACUCUGACAUUCCCAUCAUCUUCUGUGCCCAGCGUGUCCUCCUGCUUCUUGGCCUGUUCUACACUGGUCUGCUGCCAUUCAUUCCCUUCAAGGAGGAAUUCUUUGAGAUUCCCAUGCCUUCCAUCAUCCUCAAGCUGAAAGAACCAGAGAAGAUGUCAAGAAGCCAGAAAUUUAUUAUCUGGCUGGCUGACACGCUGCUGAUGAGGAAAGCACUGUUUGACCACCUCACGGCUCGGGGCAUCCAGGUGUACAUUUGGGUACUGAAUGAAGAGCAAGAAUACAAGAGAGCAUUUGAUCUUGGAGCUACUGGAGUGAUGACAGACUAUCCAACAAAACUGAAGGAGUUCUUACAUAAUUACCCAGCAUAAAGGAGGAAAACUGAGAAAGUCCUUCCAGAACAGAUUGUGAGCCAAGGAUUUUCCUCAUUAAAAAAAUAAUUGAGGGCAGCAUGCAGAGAUCAUUUUUGUUGGAAAGAUAUAAUUGAUGAUCUUUUACCUUAUCAAGUCACUACCUAAUGUAAAGGUUGUCUAUUUAUUUUAAAACUUUAAUAACAUAGUUUACAUUUGUAAAUAGCUCAUUUAGCAACAGGACGCUUCACAAAUGGUGAUGAUUAGGGAGAAAGUUGCCUGAUAAGGUACCUGUAGAUAAUAAGCAUUAUCUUACCUGUCACAAGUGUUCCUAAGCAGCUGUCAAGACAUGUCAGUUAUUCCAGUUAUAUUCUAGUGAGCAGAAACUGAAGAAUUUCUGAAAGUGUAGCCUGUGUGUUUGCAUUUCUUGUGUUGCUUUUAGAUUUCAGAUAACUUCUAGAGGGAAAAAAAAAAUAGAAAAAGAGGCACAGGAGAAAUAGCAAAGCAGACCCUGUGGCUGGCCAGGUAGUGAAGUGUACUCAGUGAAGGUGGUCACUCUUUAGCCAAAAUUAACUCAGUAUAAAUUGACUCCAUUAUUCUCACUGACAAGAAUGUUGACUUUGAGUUGGAAUUGGAUUUAGACCCUUCCUGAGGUGAUGGCAACACUGUGGCUUGUUGGUUCAGGAUUUACAUCAGGACCUGGGUUUGACACUGAGUUCCACUGCAGGGUCCAGGCUUGCCCCUGGUUCUGGCCUGCCUGUCAGGCAUGGCAGUAGCUGGAUUUCCAGGAUGGAAAAUUGCACUUAUUACAGGUUGCACUCGCUUUGAAAUAGCCUUUUCACAGUGUCCUAAAAGUCUUUUGCACAUUUGUGGUUCUUGAUGAACGAGAAGUUGUUUCUAGGGUGAGAGACCAAAGAAGACUUAAAUUUGGUCAGGAGUUUUAGGGACAAAUGAAAAUGUUCCUAUUAAAUGAAUGCACCCAAAGUAGAUCUAUAUGUAUAUUUAUAAAGGGAGGGAGUGUCAAUCUAGAAUGUGUGUAGACUUUAGUCUUUUCUCUCCACAAAAAUACAUCCAAUAUCCAUUAAGUUUAUGUGCAUGGACAUGGAAAUAACUGGCAAAAGCCUGGAAACCCCAGGUGUGCUGGAAUGGGGUUAGGCAGGAAGGUAUUUCUAGAAGCUUCCCAUGCUGUUCUGUCCUUGUGAUCAGGAGUUAUCCAUGUGUCAGACAGGUUGGAGCCUGCAGUGCCCGUGUGCCUUGGUGUGCUCAUGUCAUGGUUGGGAGUUCAGGAGGAGUUUGAUUACUGUGACUUAAUUACACCAAUGUAUAGAGCUCAGUCACUGAAUCAUCAGAUGCUCUCUCUAAACAAGAGUUUUGUUCAGUUUCUUGAAGGAGCUUCAUGUGAAAAUGAUAGAUCUUAAUAAUAAACACGGUAGCCAAUGUGUAUUUACUGCAAGGUGCACCCACUGUGCUAAAAACUGAUUUUUAAGUAAUUUUUUUCCCCUUUGUAGCUCAGAUUUGGGAGGGUUCUUGUUUCACCCCCCUGGCUGCUGUGCCAUAUUUAUAAUUGUGGAGCAUCUUUGCUGUUCCACUGCCUGUCAGGACGCUGUGAAAUUGCCAGAUCCAUCUGCAUGGAGAGUGUUUGUUUCUGCACCCCAGUUCCUUUCUGAGGAAUAUGUCUGUCUGAAAUGGAAAAAAACUACUGCAUUUAGGAUUCCAGGGAACAUGUGGUGAUGGGGGCAAAUGAGUUAAUGUUGUCCUUUUGAAUAUCUGCCUGGUGAAGAUGACUGCAGAUUCAAUUUCCUCCUAAUUUAAUCAGCCUUGUUGCUUAUUGAAUGGAAGAGAGGAAAAUGUAACUUCCUAACUGUUCAUGGGGGGAAAAGGAUGAAAUUAUUUAUUAGGUACUAAGCUUUCUGUUUCCCUUUCAGACCAGUUCUCUCUGGUCACAUAAGUGCUAAUAAUCAGUCAAGUCACAGCUCUGCCUGCUUUUUAGAAGUCACAGAAUAGUUACAGAAGAUGUUUCACACACAGCUCAGUAAGUAAAUUUAAAAAUUCCACCUUUCUGUCCUAAUCCUGGGUUAUUACCUGUUUGUAGCUCCAGAUAGUUAUUAUGCUGUGUGGUUUUUAUAAACUCAAUUUUAUUGCUAUUGAAUUUUUGACACACACACCGAUAUUAAGAUGCAAAUACAAUUCUGGUUUUAGAGAAUACCAUCAAAUAGCUCUUAUACAUUAAAACAUUUUUGUUUAGGUUAGCUAUACAAAACUUUUCUGUUUUGUUAGGAAGAGCUAAGUUUUAAAAUACCAGUUUUGAUUUCUGAGUUUGUCUCAAGUUUCCCUCACCACUCAAUAGUUUUCCAUUAUUCUAUAUUGAAUGACAAAACACAGGUACUGGAGUGACAGUGGUUUAUAUUUAAUUUUAAUAUUUUUAUUCUCUCUCUAGUAGUAGAGAUGGAAAUUUUUGGCUUCUAAGAUUUUUCAACCACGUUUUUGUCAGACCACCAGUGUUCUUACAUCUGAUGUAGCUUCUGACUGUGCUGUUUAUACACUGACCUCUCUUGGAUAAAUCUGUUGCUCAAUAUCUGAAAUUUGAUUGGGAAGGGAAAGGGUCCAGUGCUGGAAAGGCUGCUGGAUUUAUUCAUUCACCUGUUUGGGUGAGUAGAGGAGCUCAAGUUUGAUCUCUUGAGACAGAUAAUGUGCCAUGGACAAAUCCCAGCACCAAUGCACAGGGCUUAGGCCAUGAUAACUGUUUGUAACAAAAUAACAUGGAAUUGGGGUUACUGUAAAACAUUUGUUGUAUCAAAUCCUUGUUUUGAAUAUUCCAGAACUCACUGUGUGAUUUUUUUUUUUUUUUUUUUUUUUUUUUAAACCACUUGUACAGAAAAGCUUUUGUUGAGAACUUGCACAACUGUCCAGGAGGAUGUUCAGUUAAUCUCUCUCUCUGAGGAGAGAUUCUUUUCAGGUACUUUUAACUCUAAUUAUUGUUUUAACACUGUGUUCUCAACCCUGUUGCAGACUAUUUUAUGGAUGAUGCAUGUAUUUCAUGCACUUUUAAUUUGCAGAAAGUCUCGUGGACCUCUCUAGCUCCAAAGCUAUGAAGUGAUUUUUCUUUUCAUGUGAAGAAAGAUGUGAUGCUUUUGAAAUGUGGCACAUUAAAACAUCUUUGCUCAUAAAAGAUCUAAAACUGAA